AACGUGGCCAAUUAAAGACCAAUAUAAUAACUUUCCAAGGUGGUAGAGCCUAUAAAAAUGCGUUGCUAACGACGGUUGGAGUUCAGUUGGAGAUUACACGAGGCCAUUGAGGAUUCACUGUUAUUUUGGUCGAACCGUGUGAACAGUUAGCUGUCAUGUUUCCUUCCUCUGGUCUUUUUAUUCAUAUAAACUGCCCUUUCUUGCGGCGUGGGCUUUGUGAGAGGCCUCAUUGUUUAUACAAACACGCCACAGAAUCGAGGGAAACGUUUGGUGGCUUGUAUAAAUCAGCCGAGGUGGACUUAACAGGGGAUUAUACACCAGCAAAUGACAACUCCCUGCAUGAGCUGGAGAGACUUGACAAGGAGAUUGAAACUGUAAGGCAUGAAGUGGAGCAGGAGCAACGGCGCCUCUCAUGCUAUCAGACUAGCCAGGCGGACAGAAUCAGCAAUAAACUUGUGACAAGGCAUGAAACUAGUGCUUCUUAUGGACUUUCUUCAAGCAAAGAACAUAAAUCCCGUGUGCAGUCCAAGUAUGUGGUUGACAACUCAAAACCAAGGACUGAUUUAGAGUAUGAUCCGCUGUCCAACUUUUCUGCUGCCUUGCGGUCUUACAGCUCAUCAGGCAACGAACACAAAGGGAAAACCCGACAAGACGGAACAAGCUCAAGGUCUGUUCAUUUUGGUGAAAAGCCAUCUACUCAUCAAGUCCAGAUGUACCAAACUCAGUCUCCAGAAAACCUUGAUGACGCCACUGAGGAUGGUGUCCUGGUUAUUGAUGUUUCUUUGUCACCUAAUGGAACAAGUGAUCAGCCUCAAAAUACUGGUGACUUGGCAUCAGGCAAAUCCUCCCAGGAUAUAGAAAAAGAUGUGAAGGAGAUUAAGACUGUGAAGGUUUUUCUUGAUUCUCCAACACAGAAAAUAAAAACUAAAGUGGUCAAUGCUGCUUCUUUAGCAGCUUCAAGCAAUAAUACUAACAACGUGCCUGAUUGUUGUUCAAAGGAGAGCAAUCCAGUCUUACCUACUUUUGAUAAAACGAAAGGUUACAGAAAUGAGGGUAGGAGUGUAGUCGACUUAACUGGAUGUUUGGAAGAGCUUGAAAGAGAAAGUAAAAAUACUGUUUUCCAGUCCCCUGAAAGGGUAAAGAAAAUGACUGACUCUGCAAGUUUUUCCACCAUCUCAGAUCAACCAUAUCACUUGGGUAACCCUCAGAUUGAACUGACUUGUAAUACUGAGAAAACAAUGUCCCAGCCAUAUCCCACCUCUCGGCUCAAACGACCUGCACGGGAGCAAGCCUCAAUAACAGAACAGAAACAGGGCAAAGUUCAGAGCCACUUCUCUUCUGUGCAAAGUGGGCCAUCAGUUGUGCAAGAUGGUGAAGAAACGACAAGCAAAACGGCAGUAAAAACAGACAUGAACACCUUAAAGAGCCAGAAACGAGCAGAGGCAGGACAAGCCAGCUGCCAAAUUCAGUCUCAAAAUGUUACAUCUGUAAAUCCACAUGGCAGAGCUGAAUCAUCAGAAUCCACAGAGCAGCUUCUGCAAGAAGAUGAUGAAGCGGUGAUAAUAAUCAACUCCAGCUCUGAGGAUGAUGACAUCAGUUACUCAGAGAUGGACAUUUCUGAUAGUGACCCAAUGGAGGAAUGCUACAGGAUCUUCAUGGAGGCAAACUGCAAGGACGGAGGAAAUGAGCAAUGUACCACAUCAAUGAGAGCUGACAUGGUUGUGGAGAAACCUGAAGUAAAUCGUAGAACCCAAACUUUAACAGGGAAGAAGAGGGUGGCUCAUAAAGCCAAGAAUUUAGAGCCUUUGGCCAAGAGUAGACCUCAGCCUCAGGUUUUGGUGCCUCUGCAGGAGCCUGCAGUUUCAGGAUUCGUCUCCCGGCCUUCCAUCAGUUCUAAGAUCCAGCAGGUUCAGCAGAGAGCCUCGGUGCUGACUGCCCAGGUUAAAGCUGGUCAGAAGCUUGUUUCUUCUGUGAUCCAGAAAAAGCCAGAGACACAAACAGUACCUUCUGCUUUAACUCCAACCCCGGAAAACUUUCAGCCUUCUCCAGUGCAAAAUGCUUAUUUGAACUACAUCCCUUUUGGAACUGCAGUCGUUGAAGUGGGCAACAACAUGCACUUGAUCCUCCCACAGGGCAGCUUCCCUCUCUCUGUCACCUCCACCUCCAGCCCAGUUGCUUCAGUGCUAACCACAGUGAGUCAGGUUCAUCCAAAACCUGACACAUUCAAACAAACAAACGCUCCAGCAGCAGUUACCCCCCUGCCAAGAUAUCGAUCAACAGCGCCUGUGCUCAUUGCUGCUCCAGCACGACGACCCGCACUCAACUCAGCUUUUGCAUCGACAUCUUUACAGCCAACAGUCGGUGUUUCCACAGGUUUUCAAGCUGCUGCUCAGGCAGCUGUUAAGACACUGCCUGUUAAGCGUAAGCUGAAGCAGCAAAGUGAAGGACCAAAGGACAAAGUACCCCAUGAUGUCCGUCAGCGUUACGUGAACAUGUUCACCGAGGAGUUUCUUAAAACCACAGCUGAUGUCAAUAAAGCUUUUGAGAAGGCCCUUGCGGAAGAGAAGAGUGUUUACAAUCGCAGUGUGAACAAACUCAAAUACCUAAGCAUUGCAGUGAAUGCCCUCAAGAGACUGAAGAACCAAAGUACUACUGCUAAAAUGGAAAAACGGGUCCAGAGUCAAAGACCAAAAGGCAACAUCCCAUUUGACCCAAAGAAGAUCAACAGAAAUGGUGAUACGGUGUUGUAUGAAAUUUUGAAGGGUUAUGCUUUGACUAAUGAACAAAUGAUAGAAAACAACUAUCCUGUCCAGCACCCAGAAAACUCUGGCUCUGUUGUUCUUUUUUCCGACAAGAAAGUGAGCACAGACCCCCUCAAAAGGAUCUGCUGUAGAUGUGGGGCUACGUACUCUGUAAGUGAAACAGGCAAACACGUUCGAAAAGAGGAGUGCAACUACCACUAUGGGAAAGGAGUUACAAACAGAGUGCCAGGUGGAGUGGAAACUCGCUACAGCUGCUGUCAGGGAGUCAUGGGAGCUCCUGGAUGUCAAAUGUUUAAGUUGCAUGUCCAUGAUUUUGUUACCCGGGAUGGGUUUGUAUCUACGGUACCCAGAUGUCCUCCUGAGUUGAGCUGUCCUGGAGUUUAUUCCUUGGAUUGUGAAAUGUGUUACACUGUUCAAGGUCUGGAGCUGUCCAGAGUGACGGUGAUCAACUCUAAUCUUCAAGUCAUCUACGACACCUUUGUCAGACCUGAUAAUGAGGUCAUCGACUAUAACACAAGGUUUUCAGGCAUCAGUGAGGAGGAUGUGAAAGGUAACCAUACUUCUCUCAGCGAGGUCCAAGAGACUUUGUUGAGCUUCAUCAGUGCUGACACUAUUCUCGUUGGACACGGCCUGGAAACAGACCUUUGUUUGCUGAAGUUGCUUCAUGGGAGGGUGGUAGACACAUCAGUGGUCUUCCCCCAUCGUCUAGGUCCACCUAACAAGCUGAGCCUCAACAGCCUCACAGCUGAAUACCUCAGGAGGAUUAUUCAGGAAAGUGGUGGGUUGCCACUUUACAAGCAACUGUUUUAUUUAUUUUUGUAUUCUCAAGCUAAUAAAGCAACAAUAUUCAUUCACUAUAAAAGAUGAAACCAAUACAAACUAAUAAAAACUGCAACAUAGUGCUGGUAAUAAUGCUUUUGCUUGUGUUAAAUCUAUGAUGUACCACAAUUUCUCCCAGUUUGUGGCCACGACACUGGAGAGGAUGCAGCUGCCUGCAUGGAGCUUAUGCUGUGGAAGAUGAAAGAAGAUGGGAAACUGAAAAAAUGAGGAACUGCCACACUAAUUAUACAUGAAACAUCAUAUGCUUGUUUGAUUGUGUCACUGUGUUCGAAGACAUAAAGGGCUGUUUGUUUUUGUUUUUACUUAAUUUGAACAGAUAUAUUUUCUGUUAAUGAAAGUUUGAGUUAAAGCCCAUUUAAUACAUAUAUAUGAAUAUGUAUGAGACUCCAGGACAUGGCAAUCAUAAAUGGUUCCCAAAUAAAGGCAUAAAAUCAAA